GGAGCAGAGGCAAGAGUUUGCCCAAACAACAGCCUCAGUCACACCUGAGGACCUGAAGUAGCUACGCUCAGCUGAGAGCUGAAUUAGUUCGUAUCGAUGCUGUAGAGAAUCGCCAGCACAAUGUUGGGAUUAAAUAAAGUGGCGCUGCUGCUGUCUUUCCUGGCCUCGGUGGCUCUGAGCCAAGAAUCACUGAGAACUGAGAGUCAUUCAGACAAGAGACGGAGAGUGGCCUUCAACAUGUACGCUGACUCACAGACAACAGGCGUGACUGAAUGGACAUCUUGGUUCAACAUUGACCAUCCUGGGGGAAAUGGAGACUAUGAGCGCCUGGAGGCAAUUCGUUUCUAUUACAGAGAGAGAGUUUGUGCACGGCCUACAGCCAUGGAGGCUCGUACUACAGACUGGGUGGCAGCGGCAGAAACUGGGGAAGUGGUUCAUUCAAGUCUGGAGAAGGGAUUCUGGUGCAUCAACAAGGAACAGCCACAUGGUCGCGUUUGUUCUAACUACCAUGUUCGCUUCCAGUGCCCCCCAGUGCAGAGCUAUUGGACUGAAUGGAGUGAGUGGGGCCCCUGUUCAACCACAGUUUGUAAUGACGUGGGUGUCCAAGUCCGCCGAAGGAAAUGUGUGAGCGCACAGCCCAUGCCUCUGCUGUUGGUGCCAGCAUGUCAGGGGCACCAUUCAGAGAGAAGAGAGUGCACCACCCCACCAUGUACAGCUAAAUGGAGUCCAUGGGGUCCCUGGGGGUCAUGUUCAGUGACCUGUGGUGGAGGUCGCAGGAUUAGGAGAAGGACUUGCGUAAGGACUUCAGCGACAGUGCAGUGUGUGGGACGGCCUGUUGAAAUCCAGAAAUGUGGAAAGACUCCAUGCCCAGCCAAAUGCCAGUAUGUGUGCACUGAAGGCCAUCCCAGUGAAGACUGCAGUCACUGCGUGUGCAAAGGCCACAUCCUACAUGGUGAUAUCCACAGUGUGACCGGUGUCCCUGUGGCAGGAGCCUUUGUGUCACUAGCCAGCCAUCCCAAGGUCAUCCGUGCCCGUACAGAUGCUAUGGGUCACUUUAAGCUCCUAGGAAUCUGCUCUUCCAGCCCAACUUUAAUCACCAUCAGGAAGGAGAAAUUUGCCCCUAUCACUGUGUCCACUUCCAGUAACACCACAGGCAUGUCCUGGGUCCGGGCUAUUCUUAGAUCAGCUGAAAAGCCGUACAUUGUGAAGCACCCAGAGGAUAAAGUGCGUUACGAGGGAGGACGGGUGCUGUUGUGCUGCAAGGCAGCAGGAUCACCAACACCUGACAAAUACUACUGGUAUCACAAUGGGACUCUGCUGGACAGGAAGGUAUACAAGUAUGAAGAGGAGCUUGUACUGCGACAUCUGAAGCCAGAGCAGUCGGGACAGUAUUACUGUAAAGCCAGCAGCCCUGCAGGAAGCAUCAAGUCCUCCCCCGCCUUCCUUACUGUAAUUGACAAAGGAGCACCAGCAUGCAAUUCUACCCCUGAAACACAUCUCAUCAGGCUACCCACAGACUGUGUUCAACCCGGGACUGACUCCAAGUACUACAAUGCUGGCCGCUGUCCUCACAACAAAUGUGCUGGUUCCCUAGAUUUUGAUAUGGGCUGCAGAGAUGGAGCUGGAUUCUGUUGUGGUGUUAAAAAUAUGGAAAGCAGAAUUAUUGACUGUGGUAGCUACAGCCUCCCCAUCCGUGCUGUGAUACAGUGCGGUUGUCAGAAGUGUGUGCAGCCAACUGUGCUGGUUCGAGGUCGAGUAGUCACAGCUGACAAUAAUGAGCCUCUGCGUUUUGGGCACAUCUACAUUGGUAAAGAGAGAGUGGGUACCACUGGAUACCAAGGAGGCUUCACAUUAAGAAUCACCCCUGACACACAGAGAUUAGUUGUAAAUUUUGUUGAUCCUAGUCAAAAGUUUAUUGACACGCCCAAGGUGUUCAUCUUUGACAAGAAAAGUGGAUCUAUUUACCACGAUGUGAAAGUGAUGAGAAAACAAACACCAAUUGAUAUCAAUGCAGGAGAGACCAAUGUUAUUAGCCUUGGAGAAAUUAAAGAUGAAGACCCCAUAGGGCAGUUGGUUAUUCCUCCUAAUUCUUUUCAUAAGGACAAUGGAGAAAUCUACGAAGGAACUGUCAAAGCCAGUGUCACAUUCAUUGACCCAAGAAACAUCACUACUGCAGCAGCUGCCCCUGGCGACCUUAACUUUGUGGAUGAUGAAGGUGACAUGCUUCCUUUAAGGACCUAUGGCAUGUUUUCUGUAGACUUCAGAGAUGACUCCAACAAGGAGAUACUUGGAGCUGGCGCUGUCCAAGUCCUCCUUGACACACAGCACGUCAAAAUGCAAGAACAUAUUCCCCAGAUGAAACUGUGGUCUUUAAAUCCCGACACAGGAGUCUGGGAAGAGGAGAGCGACUUUUCUUACAGCACAACAACUACUGGUGGUCAUGGAAGGAGCAAGCGCGAGGAGCGCACAUUCCUCAUAGGCAACAUGGAAAUCAGAGAACGCAGACUUUUCAAUUUAGACGUACCUGAAAAUAGACGCUGCUAUGUCAAAGUUCGUGCCUACAUGAGUGACAAGUUCCUACCUACUGAACAGCUGGAGGGUAUCGUGAUUAGCUUGAUAAACUUGGAGCCCAAGCCUGGUUAUUCUUCUAAUCCCAGGGCAUGGGGCCGCUUUGACAGUGUCAUAACAGGACCUAAUGGGGCCUGUUUACCAGCUUUCUGUGAUGCCCAGAAGCCUGAUGCUUACACAGCUUAUGUCACAGCAAUGCUGGGUGGGGAGGAACUAGAGGCAGCUCCUUCCUCCCCAAAGAUGAAUCCAAACAUCAUUGGAGUCUCUCAGCCCUAUCUAGAUAAAAUAGACUACCAGCGUUCAGACCAUGAUGAUCCAGCAUUAAAGAAAACUGCCUUCAAAAUCAAUUUGCCAAAGCCUAACCAAAACAAUUUUGAUGAGACCAAUGGGCCAAUAUAUCCAUAUCAGAAUUUAAUAGCUUGUGAAAAUGCCCCUGUUGAUGCUAAUCAUUUCAGGUUUUUUAGAGUAGAAAAGGACAAGUAUGAAUACAACGUUGUUCCCUUUGAGGAGAAUGAUUUGACAACCUGGACAGGAGAUUACCUGUCCUGGUGGCCUAACCCCCAAGAGUUUAGAGCAUGCUUCAUCAAGAUCAAAAUUCUUGGACAGAAAGAAGUCAUGGUCAGGUCAAGGAAUCUGGGAGGAACACACCGAGAGACAAAGGGCCAGCUUUAUGGAAUUAGAGACAUUCGCAGCACUCGGGAUAUGCGAGAGUCCAAUACCUCAGCAGCAUGUGUAGAGUUCAAAUGCAGUGGCAUGUUAUUUGACCAAGCUGAGGUGGACCGGUCCCUCAUAUCAAUCCUUCCACAAGGUAACUGCCGCAGGAUCAACACCAACAACCUCCUACAAGAGUAUCUCAUUAAACAUCCACCAGUGGCUCAAAACAAUGAGUCUCAUGCUUUCACCAUGUUAGCACCCGUUGACCCUUUGGGACACAACUAUGGUAUCUACACAGUCACAGACCAGAACCCUAGAGUGGCCAAAGAGAUCGCUAUUGGGCGCUGCUUCGAUGGCACCUCAGAUGGUUUCUCCAGAGAGAUGAAGUCAGACUCUGGAGUUGCACUUACCUUCAGUUGUCCAGAGAGGAAAAUCAACAGGGAAAGCCUUUUCCAGCGUCUGCAGACCAACCCAGGUCAAACUUUGUCUCAGAUGGCGAGGGACAUGAGAGAGUUAGAUGGUCUGCAGAUGAGGAGAUCAUCCACCCAGGUAGUCGCUUAUCCUUCAGAGCAACGGGGUAGGACCCAGAAUCGCAGAGUCACCUCAACCACCAGAAGAAGAGUAUCUACACGCAUUCAGUAAUGCCAACAGAAGUGAUAAAAAGUCUUCAGUUGAGAGUCAUAUGAUGGCAUCAAGUUCAGAAGAUUGUCUGUCUGCUGAUGAGUGUGAAUCCCCCCUUUACUAUGAAAAUCACAAACCCGAGACAGACAUCAAUUUAGAAAACUCAUUAGGUCUGACGUUUAAUCGAAGAAUUUGGUAUAUUAAUUUCUCCCAUCCACGGUAAAAGACAAGUAUCAUUUGUUUUUAUGUAACUUGGUGACCGGCUUUUAUUGACUUUGCUCUCAUUUUAUGAAUGAAUACACUAAAUUGAGGGUUGAAAUUGGAACUUUUAUAGAGCUAAUUUGUGGCAUUCCACUUCCAUAGUGGGUGUUUUUGCUGACAUAUCUUGAUGCUUGACCCAAAACCAGAAAUUUAAAAACUAUAAAUACUAUGGUAGACCCCAAACACUUGGUAAUUGGCCAUAGCUUUCCACUGAACUCAUGCUUUUCCUCAAGAUCAGAGAGAAACCAACGUGAGGUCCUUGUUGUCUGAAGCAGACACUGAGCCCUUAUUAUACAAACUCAGAAACUCUCCAUGAAGUGGAGGAACAUGCAAAAAAGACAGUGGGGUGAAGCAUGCCACCCAGUGUACAGAGAAUCUUUUCAGCCAUGCUUCUCAGUGUUUUUCAUUAGUGUACCAUAUUGCCAACUGUGAUUCAGACAGACGUUCUUCCACACUUACUUAAAAUGUGGAAGACUGAGGUUGUCGUCAUGACAAGCAAGGACCUUACUCUAGACUGGCGCUUCAAAAUAACGAUAAUUGUUUUUGGAAGCAUGACAUGAUUUCCUUCCCCCCCUCUGCACAUUCCACAUUAGAACAUCACCAAACAAAGUGUUACUUAUAAUAAUCUAUUCCUCAAUACUUUCAUUCUCAGCAAGAAGCUCUUUCAGGGUCUAAAUGAACUUUGUUUUUGUUCUAGGGCAAAGUGUUUAUGAGCUGCCUUUAUAUCUUGAAGUGCAAUAAAUAUCAUUAAACUUGAGAAUGAAUAAAAUUCAGCAUGUUUCAAACUAUAACAGUUCAUGAAAAGUGCUGCUGGUGAAUUAAAUAAGUUUUUCAUGUUGCAUGUUGUGUGGCUAAGGUAUUUGUACCUUGCACAAGAAGCUUGUUGUUGAUUUAGUUGUGUGAUUUUCAGCCAAUAACUGAAGUUGUGUUGUGCAACUCUUUGACUCUCUGAGUCACUGUUUUUUUUUUUUUUUCAUUCUUUGUAGCAUGAAUCUGCUGACUUUACAAUAAUCUUUUUGGCUUCAGUUUGCAAUCUUGUUAGUAGGACAAAAAAACUCCAUUGUCAUUUCUUAAUUAACAAAACAUGAUUUCUUAAGCAUGAGAAUUCAGAAGAAACACAACUUGUGUUUACAAGUCAGGUUUUUAUUAAGCUGUGUAAAAGUAUGAGUAGCAAUACAAAUAAAUGUAGACUAUAACGCCAUAUGAAUAUGGAAAUAGACACAUGAAUUGAGUUUUUGGCUACUUUAACUGAACUAAGUAAUAGGCAUGGAGUUUACUCAGUGAUUAAAUCUAUUGUUUAUCUGCAGUAUGGGGUUUUGCAGACCCAUGGGAGAAACCCUUCGAGCUGAACUAAUCCCAAAAUGAAUAAGGUGCACUAUGGACCUUGGAGAAACCAGAAGAGGCUGACAAGUAAAUAUAAGCCUGCUGCUAAUUAGAAAAUAAAUUACAUAUUCUCUUGAGAACUGUAAAAACAGUUUGACUUUCACAAACAACCAAAUUGAACUUAAGCAAUCAGCAAUAAAUUGGGCACAAGAGUAUUAUGGACACAUAUUUCCUUUGAAAUUGCUACCGAGCUCUCUGCACAUUUAACAUUUGAAGAUGUCUUUUUUUUCUCAGUUCAUUUGUGCUGUUAUAUUUUUAGUUCUGAUGUGCAACAGAUUUAUCAUUUAAUAUGCUGUAAAUGGUAUCAUUUCAAACUUAUAAAUCUUUCUAUGUGGAGCACAUAACAGCACUCCAAACAUAGAUCUAUAGCUUGGCAGCCUGUGCAAACUUCAGAAUUAUCAUUGACCUCUCUAAUCACAGGCCUGUGGGCUGUGUGUGAACGAACAGUUCAGAUGUCCAGUUGGAAACAAACAUGUCCCAGCAGCAGAUACAGCUUCCACCCCGUAAGAAAGAUGAUGAUUGAAUCCAGGUGUAGGAAGAGAUAAGUCCUAUAAAAUGCAAUAGUUUGUGAGGUCAGCUGAAGGGGCCAAACAGAUGUAGAGCAACUAAAGGAAAUGUUAGACCAAAGACAUCAGAAGGAAGAGAAGCAAGAUUAUCUAGUGAUGGGUUUAAUCAUUUCAGGGUACGGUUUGAAAAAGAAAAAAGGGAAGGGAAAAUAUUAGUGGUCUUUGGCCUCAUAGCCCAUCACUUACAGAAUCUUGAGCUUUGAAAGUGGUUGCACAUGGAAGAAUGCAGAUUUUCUUCAGGGAAUGCUUUGACAGGAGAAUUGGCUUAUUCAUGAGAAGAAGUUAUCAGGAGAGCUUGAAGGACAAGGUAACAAUAAUAGCCUGAGUAAACCAUUAUGUAAGGCUUUGCAUGGAAAAAUAAGCUGUGCUCUCCAAACAGCCACUUUGUCUUUAGGGAACUUCAAAGGAGAUUAAAGAACCUCUGCAAUGUUUGGUUUAAUCGCUCAAGAAAAAGUUUCCAGAUACUUUAAAAUCAAAUAAAGACAGUUUGAGCCUGAAACCAACAGAUAAAAGAAGAUGAAAAUAUUCCUUUUUUAAUUAAAAGAAACUGUUUAUCUUGACUCGUUGGCAGUAGUAGUGGCAAACCUUUUACUUUAUUUAGUGUCAGAAUCAUGAAUAUGAUUUAUGUAUUUGUGUUUUAAACUUCUAAAUAAAUUGUUUGACAUUUGGAGUUAGCUGGGUACUGGCUGUAUUUUUUUUAAUGAACCCACUGAUGUAAGGGUAUCAUCACUAUUCUCAUCUCCAAACUCUGGCAAGGAGGAGAAUGAGCGUUUUUCCCAAAACGGGGAACUAAUGUCUAAAGCAUACUAUUGGUAUAGUUACAGCUUUGCAGAAUUCUUGAAUGGUAGAAAAUUGGAUAUUUUCAAGUGUAUUUCAAUCCAUCUGGCAAAAUUUGAGGUUUUUUGUGGCAACUGAUAUU